CUUGUAACUAUAAUCCAAAUAAGUUAUUUUUUUAAACUUCUAAUUUUUGCAAGCAGUUUUAUAAUUGAUUUAUAAUACUUAAAAAUAAUAAAAAGCCCAAAUGCCCAGCCCUGGGUGAACUGCAGGACACUAUGGUAUAUUAAUAAACUAGGAUACAUUUUUAUUAGUACAUUUUAUUAUUUUUAUUCAGAUUACAUUAUUAGGAUAAGGAACACUACGGAAGUGCUGGGUGAAAAUAUAGAACUCCGAAUGAUAUGAAGAGAGUGCAAUGCCUGGUUUAGAACACGGACAGUUGUUUUGUUUCUAACAUGAAAUUUUUUAUUAACUCUUAAAAUUUAGAUCUGUUUAACUUUAUGUUCGGAUGGUUAAAUAUGUAAAAGAAAAGAAAGACUUGUUAAAAUUUGCAUGAUUAUUUUAAACAUGGGAAGCUAAACACAAGAUGUAUAUUUCAUGCCACAGUGUCACUUCUAUCAUACAUUUGGGGUGUGUAUGUAUGUGUGUGGUGGUGGGAAAUCUCCCAGUGUGAGAGAAGUCUGGGAGGGGCACAGUGGGGGAGGCCCCUCCUGUCCCAUUCAUAACACGUUCAUUCACUGGGAGCCGGCUAAGACCGACUAAUCUCUCACGCAGUCAUUCCCUCUACCCUAAUAAAGAUCCACCACCUCUCCUAGAACUCGGUCCGAGGGACGCUGCUCUCCUGGCCCUGCCACCACUGAAGCGCCCAGGCGUCCCGGAAGAUCCGACCUGAGCGCAGACCCCGCGGACCAUGAGUCCUCGGAGGCAGCGAGCGUCGGUCCCGCUGCUGCUGCUGCUGCCGCUGCUGCUGCUGGGCGGCUGCCUCCUCGUGGCCGCCCGGAGAGACAAGGGGGCGGCAGGCAGCGCGGCCCAGCCGGCCCCGGGUCCCGCGGGCGGCUCCUCCGGCCGCUUCGUCAGCCCCGAGCGGCACGCGUGCAGCUGGCAGCUCCUGCUGCCCGCCCCGGGGCCCGCGGCGGGCAGCGAGCUGGCGCUGCGCUGCCAGGACCCGGACGGGGCGCGUUACCAGUGCGCCUACCGCGGGGAGCCGGAGCGCUGCGCCGCCUACGCCGCCCGCGGCGCGCACUACUGGAAGCAGGUGCUGGGCGGGCUGCGCAAGAAGCGGCGGCCGUGCCAGGACCCCGCUCCGCUCAAGGCUCGCGUGUGCGCGGGCAAGAAGGGCCACGGCGCUGAGCUGCGCCUGGUGCCCCACGCGUCCUCACCCGCGCGCCCCACUGCGGCGGGCUUCCCCCCGGAUCCCAAGCCCCGCGCCAGGAGCCGGGGGCGCCUCCGGGAGCCCGCGCCCGGCCCCUCCGGAGGGGCCCGACUUCCCGCCGGCGCGUCUCCCAGAGGGAAGCCCUCUGAGACCAACGGCGGCAAGAGGAAGGCGGCCUCGGACCCAGACCAGGAGCGACCCCUGGGGACCGGGCCCGAUCCCGACGGGCUGGACGAGAACGCGAAGCUCACGGAGACCUACUGUGCUGAGAAGUGGCACUCCCUCUGCAACUUCUUUGUCAAUUUCUGGAAUGGCUGAGGCUGCCCGCCUGGGGAGGAACCUGGGUGGGGGGAGGUACGCAGCCGGGGAGGAGAAGUUAAGGGCAUCUUAGGCCAGGAGAUAAGGGAUGGAGAGUGGGGAGGAGUCCAGGUUCUAGAAUGGGGCGAGGGGGUGGGAGGGCGUGGGCCUUGGGAUGAGAAUGUAAGGGGUAUGGAGAAUCUCUGAGACAGCACAGACGUUAAACGUUUUUGAAGAGUCUCAACCCUGAUUAAGAGCAGAAAAAAUAGUGGAAACAGAAGUAGGCAUACCUUAAAUGUGCAAAAACUGUAGACUGGGGAGAGAGACAGGAGUACAGAGGGAGGCUGGAAAAAACUAAGGGGGGAAAAGUGAGGAGAGUGAUGUAAAUCUCAUGUGGGAAGCAGGAUACAACAUGUACUGUUUAACACAUUUGUAUUAAAAUGUAAUCAGGAUCUAUUGAUACCCCGAGCCAGGUUGAAUUGUUUAGUGACUUCUCACCCAAUCAGCUGACGAGAUUCCCAACUCUUUUUUUUCUCCCCCUUUUGGAAUUAGUAUGAACUUGGGUACUGCUUCCUGUCAUAGAUGACCUCUAUUGGGAUAGAAGCCAUUCAGAGGUCAAAAUUGCCUCCAAUGAAAAGAUUUUCAGGAUGGUUCCCCUUGAGUUCUUUUAGAAGUGUUACUUUUAAGCAGAGGGAUGCCUUAUGUUCUGAAAUUUUCCCAUUAAUCUUCUAAAUUCAGAGGUGGAUUGUAGUGCUCCAGUAGGUUUAAAAAAAGAAUCCUCUUUACAUUUGACCAUAUAUUUUUUAAAAAGCUGAAAUUAAGUAUAUAUCUCAGAGUCAUUUGGGCCAUUAUGGAAGUUGUAUCUGUUUCAUGUAAUUAAUUGUUAACAUAUUUCAUUUUAAGUAAGAUGCGAUGAUAACUUUGCACAUGUUAGGUGCUCAAUAAAGACUGUAUGGAUAACUUGAAAGAGCUGGCAGGGCAAUGGAAAUUCUGACUGCAUUUGAUAUAGUUCUGAGUGUAGCUUGAAGUAAGCUCCCAAACAUCUCUUGAAUGGUAAGGAAAAGACAAGAAGUCUGCAUAAAGCAGGAGUGUCAAACUGGCAAACCUUGGGUUGUAUCAUUGUUCUUUUGGCCUGCAUGUGGUUCUCUCAGUUUUCCUCUCUUCUUCCUCCCUCUCAAUUUGGAGGUGUUGCCAGCAUUUAAAAAUUAAAUAAUUUC